CAUGUGAGGAUCUGCACGUAGCAGUCAGACGGUGACUCGCAGGAACCCAGCGCCGACCGCCAGAUGCCCAGCAGCACUGCGUCGGAGGAGCCGCGCCGAUAGGACGAGCCGAGGAGGACCCCUCCGUCAGACGUCACACUCCCGCGAACUCGUCCAGGAUGGAGCUGCUGUGUUGGUGCUUACUGAUGCUGAGCUGCCUGCCGUCGCUCGCAGCCCACAACGACUUCUUCACCUCCAUAGGCCAGAUGACCGAUCUGUUGUACACCGAGAAAGACCUGGUCACCUCUCUGAAGGACUACAUCAAAGCAGAGGAGAACAAGCUUGAGCAGGUCAAACGGUGGGCUGAUAAGUUGGAUUCGUUGACAGCCACGGCCAUGCAGGACCCCGAGGGCUUCCUGGGGCAUCCGGUGAACGCCUUCAAAUUGAUGAAGAGACUGAACACAGAGUGGAGCAGCCUGGAGAGCCUCGUCCUCAGUGACACCACUGAUGGGUUUAUUUCCAACCUGACCAUCCAGAGACAGCACUUCCCCACAGACGAGGACCAGACUGGGGCUGCCAAAGCGCUCCUCCGGUUACAAGAUACGUACCGACUGGAUGCCAACACCAUCUCUGUAGGAGACCUACCUGGCGUGAAACACAAGAGCCAAAUGACAGUAGAGGACUGUUACGAGCUGGGGAAAAUCGCCUACUCUGAUGUUGAUUACUACCACACGGAGCUGUGGAUGGCCCAGGCCCUGAGGCAGCUCGACCAGGGAGAAGAGUCCACUUUAGAUAAGGUGACGGUGCUCGACUACCUCAGCUACUCCAUCUAUCAGCAGGGGGAGAUAGAGCGAGCCCUGGAGCUGACAAUGAGACUGCUCGAACUGGACCCAGAGCACCAGCGUGCCACAGGCAACCGGAAAUACUUUGAGUUCCAGCUGGAGAAGCAGAAAAACGAAGCAGAGAAGGAAACUUAUACGGAGAAAGAGCUAGGGAAAAGGGAAACGGGCGAGGAGAAGAAGAAGUCCAAAAAGAAGGUGUCCAAUCACCUGAUACCUGAGAGGAAGAAGUACGAGAUGCUUUGUCGUGGGGAGGGCAUCAGAAUGACGCCCCGGAGGCAGAGCAGACUGUUCUGUCGUUACUAUGACAACAAACACAACCCCAAAUAUGUGCUGUCACCUGUCAAACAGCAAGAUGAGUGGGAUCGCCCUUACAUUGUCCGCUACCUUGACAUCAUUUCAGACAAAGAGAUGGAGAGGGUCAAGCAGCUGGCAAAGCCGAGACUGCGCAGGGCCACCAUCUCCAACCCCAUCACAGGAGUGCUGGAGACAGCUCCAUACCGGAUCAGCAAAAGGCGAGCCACGGUGCAUGACCCCCAAACUGGGAAACUCACUACAGCCCAAUACAGAGUCUCCAAGAGUGCGUGGCUCACUGGCUACGAAGAUCCCAUGAUUGAUACGAUCAACCAGAGAAUUGAAGACCUCACCGGGCUGGAAAUGGACACUGCAGAAGAGCUACAGGUUGCAAAUUAUGGCGUUGGAGGUCAAUACGAACCUCACUUUGACUUUGGAAGGAAAGAUGAGCCGGAUGCCUUUAAAGAGCUGGGCACUGGGAACCGCAUAGCAACAUGGCUUUUCUAUAUGAGUGACGUGGCAGCAGGCGGAGCCACCGUGUUCCCAGAUGUCGGUGCAGCAGUUUGGCCCCAAAAGGGUACGGCAGUGUUCUGGUACAACUUGUUUGCUAGCGGGGAGGGGGACUACAGCACCCGACAUGCAGCUUGCCCCGUGUUGGUGGGCAACAAGUGGGUAUCGAACAAAUGGAUCCACGAACGAGGCCAGGAGUGGCGGCGACCCUGUGGCCUAAGUGAAGAUGAAUGAUGGAAGAAGAAAUGUCCUCAUCACCUCCCUCUCCCCCAUCUCCCCUUCAUGGUGACCAAAGAACACUGCUGCAGAUCACAGAUGAUACAUGCGGAUACACGGGGUCCCGGCGGGCCCCCUCCCUCUCGACACAACACUCCUGUUUUUCCCAGCUGUUACACUCCGAGCCUGAGAUUGUUUGGGUUAGCGUGGAGCCCCUGGACAGUGUUUAGCAUUACUGUGACAGACAACAUGUCCUGUAGGUUGUCGGGUGGUUUUGAGAAACACUCCAGGUUCUUUCUUUGCACUCUGUGUGAACUCCAGCUCCGUGGUGAGGUAGCGGCUGUCAGCCCCCACCUCCUCCCUGACAGUUUGAACCUUAAAGGGACAGUUAGCAUUUUUACACAGGCCAGUCUGAUGUGUUGUAUUCCUUUCAUUUCAUUAGCAGAGAAUUUUGAACGUUUUUUUAAAUUUUUUAAUAUUUUUUAAAUAAAUAAUGAAAAUCCACAGUGGAUGUAAAACAAUAUCUCUGUGAAAUUAGAUGAUCCACUUUCAAAAGUUUAAAAUCUUUUUCUUGAAUAUAAUUUUUACAAAUAAUUGACAUACAGCAGGUUCACUAGUUUUCUCUCAUAUUUGCAAGUGGUGGCAAACACUUCCUCCUGUAACUUAGCAUUCAACAGUACAGUGAGUGUUAUGUAGGAAUGAAAGGACAUCUGAUCACAGACUUCAGUAUUAUUUUUGGUUUUAAAAAUAUUUUCUCCUUGAUGUUUUACAAACCAGAGCCGAUUUAUGUUGUAUGGCCAUACAUUAUCACAUACAUUAUCACAUACAUUAUCAUGUCACCGGGCUGCCUCAAAGCUGUAGUGUUGUUGUUUGUUUUUGUUACUCAUUUGAAUGAUCACACUAUGACAUAUUGUUAGAUUUGUUGUACUUGAACACACGGCGUAUACUAAUGCUUUGGCACACCAGACACACUCACACACAUCCACUAUGCUCCCCUUGAAUUGAAUAUUAUAUUUUUGCAAAUUUAAGUUUGUAUUUGUUCAUCCAUGUGUUUUGUAAGGAUCUGAAGACAACAGAGCGUGAACACCAGGGGAGCGGAGGAGCGGACUACAUACACUAGCCAAAUCCAUGACAUAUCUAAAAUACCUGUUUUGUUUUAAUAGAGCGGUGGAUUCUGUUUGGCUCGUAAGCAUGUGACCUGUGCUCCUCAGUGUGAGAAUAUAAUGGUCUUUCAAGGAAGAAGCAUUUUAUUUAUAUGUGCCACGUUAGUUUGUUUUUAAAUGGAAGUCUGGACUUGUUUGUUUCCCCCAAUAAAGACUGUUUUAUUGAUCUCAA